AGUUUUUGACAAUUCAAGCGAGUGACAGUAGCUGUCAAGUCAAACGCACAUUGCAUUUAAUUUGGAAAACACAUUGCAUCGGCGGUGUGUGCCCGGUCGCAAAACGAAUUUUUAUUUAGAUUUUUGAAUAAACAUUUCAAAAAUUUCUCUUGGAAAUUUUGAGUUUCGUAAAUUUACGGUUAUGAUUAAUGGAUUUUUAACGCGGAACGAACGAACAUUCAUUUAUUUACUGUAGAAAUUGGAAGUGACUUAACCUCAACCACCAUGAAGAAGCUUCAUCAUUUGGAAAUGAAGAAUAUACGAUUUUCGGUGUUUAGCCCGAAUAAUAUACGUGCACUAAGUGUAGCCAAGGUAGUAACUCCACUGUUAUUCGAUCCAUUGGGCCAUGCGUUGCCGGGAGGUUUAUAUGAUCCGAAAAUGGGUCCGUUUUCCAUCAAUUCGGAUCCGUGCGCUACUUGCUAUAGAACUUUGCACUGCAACGGUCAUAUGGGCCACAUUGAUUUGUCGAUGCUUGUUUACAAUCCGAUUUUUAUGAAAAGUGUCUACGACAUUCUUCGAAUCACCUGUUUAAGCUGCUUCCAAUUGCAAAUUUCUGAAAAUGUUAUGGAAAUUUUAGUAUUGCAAUUGAAACUGCUGGACGCUGGCUACAUAAUCGAAGCUCAGGAAAUUGAAAUAUUCAAGUCAGAAGUUGUUGCGGAAAAGUCGAGCGAAGAGAAAGCGGCGAAAAUAGAAGAAUCCAAACGUUUAUUGAAUUUCGGUUUGAAAUCAUGCGAUGUAGCUGAGAAUACAAAAAAUUCCGAGGCAUUGCGAACAUCAAUCGUUAAUAGUUCGAUCAAGAGUAGCCCAAAUAAACGAUGCAUUCACUGCAAAGAGGCGCUAAAGAAAGUCAAGUUUUCAUUCAAAAAGUUGAUGUUAUCGGCUCCAAAAUCGGAAUUCGACUCGGAUUUAAAUGAUACUUUAGGUCGUUCCAAAACCGUGAGCAAAGCACUGUUAGCAGACGAAUGCCGUGAAUACGUGCGAAAAGUGUACGAUAUGCAUGAUGAUUUAUUGAAAGUGUUGUUUCCAGUUUUGAUGCAUGCACCAGCAGAUGUUGAGUAUGCGAUCGACAUUUUCUUUAUGGAUGUGAUUCCAGUUCCACCGCCACUCGUUCGACCAGCAAACAAAUUUCAGAACGAAAUUAAAGAACAUCCACAAACGACGAUUUUAAAGAAUAUCGUUGAAGCGAACCUUCUGCUUAAAGCAAUUAGUUCAAAGAUAAAUGGAAGCGUAGUUGAGGCACAGGCGAGUGAAACACAGGCAUUAUAUGAUAGUGCCGCAGGAGAUACGCCGUAUGAUAAAAUGUAUAACUCUUGGCAAAAAUUGCAAUUAUGCGUCGAUCAAACUUGGGAUAGUACACUAGGCCAGAAUACGCACGGUGUUCAGGGUUUGAAGCAGGUCCUUGAAAAGAAAACCGGUAUCAUUCGAUUGCACAUGAUGGGAAAACGUGUCAACUAUGCCGCUCGUACUGUCAUAACACCGGAUCCAAAUAUUAACGUUGACGAAAUUGGCUUGCCCGAAGUGUUUGCAAGAAAACUGAAUUAUCCAGUACCAGUUACAUCAUGGAAUGUUGCCGAGUUACGAAAAAUGGUUAUCAAUGGCCCGAACGUUCAUCCAGGUGCCAAUUUUAUUGAGGAUGAACAAGGUCGCAUGCAAAUUGUAUCGGGAGCUGAUCCAGCUAAGCGUGAAAGUCUGGCCAAAAUGCUGUUGACUCCAUCUGAAAAAGGUAUAAAAAUCGUACAUCGACACUUGCUGAACAACGACGUAAUGCUGUUGAACCGUCAGCCGACGUUGCACAAGAACAGUAUAAUGGCCCAUAAAGUGCGCAUUCUUAAGGGAGAGAAAACUUUCCGAUUACAUUACUCCAACUGUAAAUCGUACAAUGCUGAUUUUGAUGGUGACGAAAUGAAUGCUCAUGUGCCACAAAAUGAAUUGGGCCGCAGUGAAGCUUAUAAUUUGAUCAAUGUGCCGAAUCAAUACUUGGUAGCGAAGGAUGGAACGCCGCUUGGCGGUUUGAUUCAAGAUCACGUUAUUUCCGGUGUAAAAAUGUCGAUGAGAGGUCGGUUUUUCAACAGAGAAGACUAUCAACAAUUGGUGUUCGUUGCAUUGGCACACAUUUCGAAGGAUAUCAAAUUCUUACCACCAACAAUUAUCAAGCCGAUCAGACUAUGGUCUGGUAAACAAAUUUUGUCGACUGUUCUUAUGAAUAUCAUUCCACAAGGAGAACACAAAAUCAAUCUAAAGUCAACGGCCAAAACGAACGUAAAAUCGUGGCAAACAGAAGAAGAGCGUCCUUGGUUGGCCGGUGGCACACCAUUGACCGAUAUCAACAUGACUGAAAGUGAAGUCAUCAUUCGUGGAGGCGAGUUAAUGGUUGGUGUUCUGGAUAAAACCCAUUAUGGUGCAACACCGUACGGAUUGAUUCACUGCAUGUACGAAUUGUACGGAGGACAAUGUUCGACACAGUUGCUAUCAUCGUUUUCGAAACUCUUUACAUUCUUCCUUCAACGCGAAGGGUUUACCCUUGGUGUUCAUGAUAUUUUAGUUUUGCCAAACGCAGACAAAAACCGAAGAAAGGUCAUCAAAAAGAGUCGCAAGAUCGGUCCAGAGGCGGUAGCAACAGCCUUGGAAUUGCCAGUAGACACUCCAUUUGAGAUUUUAGCCGAAAAAAUGGCGGAAGCCAUUCAUAGAGACCCGAAAUUCAGAACAGUGUUGGAUAGAUCAUACAAAUCUGCGCUAGACAGCUACACAAACCGUAUCAACAAAAUCUGUUUGCCAGCCGGUUUGCUAUGUAAAUUCCCAGAAAACAAUCUUCAACUAAUGGUUGGAUCUGGUGCCAAAGGAUCGACAGUCAACACUAUGCAAAUUUCCUGUCUGCUCGGGCAAAUUGAAUUGGAAGGUAAAAGACCGCCAAUGAUGAUAUCUGGACGUACGCUCCCAUGUUUUCCUCCGUUUGAGAUGUGUCCAAAGGCCGGCGGUUUUAUCGAUGGUCGCUUCAUGACGGGAAUUCAACCACAAGAUUUCUUCUUCCAUUGUAUGGCUGGACGUGAAGGUUUGAUUGAUACAGCUGUAAAAACCAGUCGUUCUGGUUAUUUGCAACGUUGUUUGAUUAAGCAUUUGGAAGGAUUGAAUGUGCACUAUGACAUGACAGUACGUGAUAGUGAUAAUUCAGUGGUUCAGUUCAUGUACGGUGAAGACGGAAUGGAUGUUUCAAAAUCGCAGUUUUUAAAAACCAAACAAUUCCCAUUCCUGGUUGACAAUAUGGAAAAUAUUAUUCCAAACAAUGAAUUCUUGGACGAAUUGAAAGAUAGUGAAAACUAUGACAAUGUAAUAAAGCACAAGAAAAAGGUUCGUUCUUGGCUCAAAAAGCAUGCGAAUGGAAGCAAACGACGUGAAACCAGCUUCCAAAUGUUCUCCAAAGAAAUUGUGUCGGAUAUCGAAUUGAAAAAUCCCAAUAAAAUAAGUAAAAAGUCUGGCCGUCGGAAAAUUGACCAGCAAAUUGUGAAGCUGUGGAAUGAAGCUGAUGACGAACAAAAAGCGAAAUAUUCGAAAAAGUGCAUUACACGUCCAGAUCCAGUAGUUAGUCGAUAUCAGCCAGAUUGUAAUUUCAGCUCAUUGCCCGAGCACGUCGAAGGUUUAAUGGUGAACUACAUGAAGAAUUUGAAUAUUGAUUCGGAUUCGUUCCAAAACGUGAUUGCGAUGAAAACAAUGAAAUCAUUGGCUGCUCCUGGGGAACCUGUCGGAUUGUUGGCGGCUCAAUCGAUCGGAGAACCAUCCACACAGAUGACACUGAACACAUUUCACUUUGCUGGUAGAGGUGAAAUGAACGUGACUCUCGGUAUUCCGCGUCUUCGAGAAAUUCUUAUGUUUGCCACGGAAAAUAUCAAAACUCCAUCGCUCGAUAUUCCAUUCCAGAAACACCGGGAUAUGGAACAACAAGCCGAAAAACUGCGAAAGAAAAUGGCUCGAGUUACCGUAGCCGAUGUUUUGGAGACCAUAAAUGUGAAAUCACACUUAGUUUUGCGGCCGGAUCGAGCAAGAAACUAUUGUGUUCGCUUCAAUUUCUUGCAACGUGAUGCCUACGAACAAGACUUUGCCGUGACACCAAAGAAAAUUCUUCGACACAUGCGCGAAUCAUUUUUCAAACUGAUGUUCAAAGCCAUCGCAAAAGCAGCACAGGAAAAAUAUUCAUCAGUGGAUAUCGGUGCAGAAGAAAAGAAAAAGAAAACGGCCGAAGGUUAUCAAGACCGUGACAUCGACGAGAGGGAACCAGACAAUGAUGCAAGCCCUGCUGCCAACGAAAGUUCCGAUGAUGAAGCGAUCGGAGAAGAUGAUGACGCAACUGCCGUUAAAUUGAAAAACAAAGCCAUGGAUGAAUGUGAUUACGAUGAAGCGGCUGUUGAAGAACAAGUUGCGUCUGAUAAUAAUGAGUCCGAUGUUGAAAUGGAUCUAAUUCAGGAUCAUAUAAUUGAAGAACAAGACGAAGAGGAAAAACUCGCUGGAUUUGAGUCCAAUGAAUAUAACACACAAUACAAAGUUGAUAAAUAUACACAUUUGUGGUGUGAAUUGACCUUCCAUUUGAAUAUGGCGUAUAAAAAUGUUGACCUUUCAAUUGUAUUGAAAGAAGUCGCUCAAAAAUCAGUUAUAUCCGAAGUGCCACUUAUCAAACGUGCGAUCACAUAUAACAAAAACGAUGACAUUUUCCUGAAAACGGAUGGUAUCAACAUUACAGAAAUGUUUAAACAUAUGGAGGUGCUUGAUUUAAAUCGUCUGUACACAAAUCAAAUUCACGCUAUGGCGCAAACGUAUGGUAUCGAAGCAGCGGCCAGAGUUGUUGUGAAGGAAGUACAACAGGUGUUCCAGGUAUACGGUAUCACAGUCGAUCCUCGGCAUUUGCUAUUAAUUGCUGACUACAUGACAUUCGAUGGUACUUUCAAGCCACUCAGUCGUUCUGGCAUUGAGUCUUCAGCUUCACCGUUGCAACAAAUGUCAUUCGAAUCCACGCUCAAAUUUUUGAAGUCCGCCAUUGUAAAGAGUCAAUUGGAUAGUUUAAGUUCCCCAUCAAGUCGACUGAUGGUUGGGCAGCCAUGUAAAAGUGGAACCGGUGCUUUUACAUGUAUGACAAACAAUAGUUUCUUAUUUAAAAAUCUUUUGAAAUAAUUUCAUAAAUUGCCUUUUAUCAUAAACUGGAGACUACGAUAUUGAAAUUUAUUGAAUAAAAACUGAAUAUUUUACGAAUAAAAAAA